AAAAAAUCAGCCGGCAUUUGCGAGGCGCAAUUGCACUGCAUUCACGCACGCCUCGCCACAGCAAGAAGUAAUGCAUUAAAUCUACAGUAGUCAUCGGCGGGGCAGCCCUCGCGGCGAAAAAGGCAGCAAUGCUGCGGGUCUGCACCAUCCUCACACUGCUGCGGGCCGCCGCCGGCGACCCCACGUCCGAAGCGGAGGCGCAGGCCCUCGUGAAGCUCACGCACUUGUUUAAGAAAGACCCCGCCGCCGCGGAGCAGCUGGUGCAGGCGGCCAAGCGUAGCGCGCCGGCGCCGGCCUCACCGACACCAUACGAGGAACUGCUGGCUUCGGUCAAGAGUACCGCGGCGUCCCCACCACCGCCGGCGGCGCAACCGGGAGCCUUCACCUGGGCCACGGCGCAACAAAAUAUGAGAAGCUGCAUGAACGGGACGACUCCAGUACCGAGACAGGACCGCUACGCCUACUGGCGGAGCACGUCGGCUCUGGGGAAUGCCCUGAACGGCUGGAUGCACGUCUUCUUGUAUGCGCUAGCUUCGGGCCGGCAGCUCGUGGCGGGCGACGGUUUGGCCGUCGAGCUUUUGUGCGGCACACACGGCGCGUUCAUUUGUGGAAUACCGUACCGAAGCAGGUCCUGGCUCAAGCAGCAGUCGUCGCGCGGCGUCGACGCGGGCUGGACGGACUCCGACCACGCCGUCCAUACCGCCGACCUCAUGUGGUUUAAAUAUUCUGGUGUUUCUACGGCUAUCAUGAGGGGCGCGCAGGGCGUCAAAUCCCGGAGGAGGUGGCUUCUAAGGUGCUACGCCGAGGCUUUACGAUGCCCAGAAGGUGGGGAGCGCUUGUCUGGUGGCCGGGAGGAGUGUUUGAUGGCGCGCGCGAUGCAGUUACUCUUGCCCGGGAGUCGCCUAAGGCCGGAGUUCGUCCAUGCUGCGUUAGUGGAAGCUAAAAGAAGGUGGCUCGGUUCCAUUGAAGAGUUCGAGCGAGUCGUAGCGACGAGACGAGAUGUGAUCGGCGACCACAUUUUUUACGACCCACCCUUGCAAGGUGACGCCACGACGAGGUGGGAGGGCGCGCUGCACGUGCGAGGCAUGCCCAACGCGUUGGAAGGAGGCCACGACGGCGGCACCUUCCGGCAGUUCCACGCGAACCUCGCGAACGGCUCGGCGUCGAACACGUGGCCCUGCGUCGCGCAGCGGGCGCGGGCCUUCGACAAGCAACAUACCAUACAGGAUGCGCCGCGGUCGUUUUACCUCGCGACGGACAUGAAAGGACUAUGUCGCGACGCGAAGCGCGCCCUGGAACGGCACGACUCGUCGCUGACGAUCGUUUGUUUAGAUGCAGCUCCGGUCCACCUGACGAAGUCGAAACACGCGCCCGUGUCCGUCGAUUCCGACGACGGGUUGGACGGGCACCAGGCCGUGGUGCUGGACUGGUACCUGUUGACGCGGUCGCGGUGGCUGGCGCCCAUCGUCCGGAAAGGUACAAGGUGCCACGGGCCGGGGCGGGGGGCCUCUACGACGGGCCGCCUCUACGACGUGGGCCAGCCCGGCCAAAGUUUUUUCGGGUGGGCCUUGGCGGCGGCGGGGCUCGGACCGGCGCCGCCCAAACAAUUGCCGUGCAACUGCGGUCUUGAUAGGAGGCGCGUGUCCGUGUUUGGGCGGCCGCGCUGGACGCCCGUGCCGGUGGCGGGCUCCGAUGCUCCGGCCGCGACCGCCGCGUCAGUGAACGCGGGAACUCCGGCAGGCAACGCCAUCGACGGCGCCAUCGGCCAGGCCCUCGUCGCCGGCGCCGACGCGGUGACGGACCGCGCCGUCGACGCGGCCCUGCGCGAGGGGGCGGCGGCCGCGAAGAGCGUGCGCGAGGCGGGGCAGGCGGCCUGGCAGCAGGUGCCCGUGGGGCCGGCUCCGGACAUCGACCUCGCGAGGGUCGUGGAGCGCAUGGCCGCCGACGGGUUUGUGAAGUACCGCGACGGGGAAGGCUCGUACUACUCGAAGCCCGGCGAUGCGACGCAGUACCGGUCGCGGGCGGAGGUCGCGCGGCGCUUCUAUCUCGAUGGAGAGUGAAUAAUUUGUAAACA